AGCUCGAAAGGGCGCGAAAAGUGACAUUUGACCGGCGCCGAACACCUUAUCGCAGAACAGUGACUACUGAACUGAAUAUAUAUCUUGACCUUACCCUUGUGCUUUCCUACAAUAUCCCGAAUCCCGAUCAGAAUAAAUCGCACUGCAAUCAUGGCAUCUAGAUCCGCCCUCCACAUCCAAGACACCAAGUUCAAUGAUCUCGGUCUCUCAAAGUCCACUUUGAACAAAGAGAAAGUAUGCUGCUACACGCGCUCGCUGGAGAACGCUAGCGAUGACAACCCCAUACUCGUUCUCAUCCAUGGAUAUCCGCAAUCAGCUUACAUGUGGCGACACAUCAUCCCUCUGCUCCCAUCCAAAGCACCGCUCUUCGUUCCGGAUCUACCUGGCUACGGCGCAAGUGCACCGAUUGAGCGGAACGAUAAAGUAAGUAUAGGGACCGCGGUACUAGAGGCACUGAAAACGGAAGUGAAAAAGAGUAAAAGUGAAGAUGGGGAUGUGAAGGUCAUACUCAUUGGCCAUGAUCGUGGAGCGAGAGUUGCUCAUCACCUCACUGUUAGCGGGGUGGAUGGAGUGAAGAUCUUGGGUGUUUGUUUGAUUGACAUCGUCCCAACCUCCACACAAUGGCAACACUUCACCUCCCCAGCCACUGCAGCCAAGGAAAUCACAGGCUACUUCCACUGGCCCUUACUCGCAAACGUUGAUUUGGCAACGCGUAUGAUCACCGCUUUCGGCCCAUCCAACUGGUGUCAAGAGAUGAUCCUACGAUGGUCUGGCAAGAGUAAUACCGGUAUCCAGAAAUUGAAGACCGAUGACGCAUUAACCGUCUACGGCGAUUUCUUCGCACAGGAACAUACGCUGAAAGCUAGCUGUGAAGACUACAAGGAAGGUGCUACAACGGACGUUGAGAGGGAGGAGAAGAAUCAGAAGGAGGGGAAGAAGAUUGGUGUGCCGUUGUUGUUGGUGUACAGUGCGGCGAGCAUCGGGAGUAGGUUUGACUUUCCAGAUGUGUGGAAGGAGUGGGUUGGUGAGGGAGUUAAAAUCGAGAAUCAUGGGUUGGGGGAUGGGGUUGGACAUUUUGGGGCAGAGGAGGCACCUGAGGAAUGUGCAAAGGCUAUAGUGGACUGGACCAAAACGUUUGUCGGUCGGUAAAAGUAGAGUACUGAAAGGUUGUACAGCGAAGCAUUCAGACGAUUGUAAUGGUCUCUUCGGUUCGAUCAAACAGAAUUGUGCCAAAGGCAUCAGAAACAUUCUCUCAACCUGCCACUAAUCAUCAUGUGUAAUGAUAUUGGUCGAGCGCUUAUCCGGCGCUCUCGUGGAUGAGGUCACAAGUCGUAGCUACCUAUCGUUGCCAAUCUUGAAUGGAACACAACGCUCACUAGGAUGGCGAAACUUCCCUUUCUAGAGUAGUAAAGGCUUGUGCCUAUCGGGGUGUGUGAUUCCGUCCCAAGACCCGUAACGCAAUGUCGCAUUAACGACUACCUUGAGG